GAACGGACAAGCGCGUCUUACGCCAUUACCGAUCCGAUACUUGUAGUGUAAAGAUCAAUUUUAUUAGUGUUUUUUGAAUAAAAUAUUUUUAUUAGUCAAUCAUGAGGGAAAUAGUACAUAUUCAAGCCGGUCAGUGCGGAAACCAAAUUGGCGCUAAGUUUUGGGAGAUCAUUUCCGAUGAACACGGUAUCGAUCCCACCGGUGCCUACCAUGGAGACUCCGAUCUUCAACUGGAACGCAUCAAUGUAUACUACAAUGAGGCUUCCGGGGGCAAAUAUGUACCACGUGCCAUUCUCGUAGAUUUAGAACCGGGCACCAUGGACUCAGUCAGAUCUGGCCCAUUCGGUCAGAUUUUCCGCCCAGACAACUUCGUUUUCGGACAAUCGGGCGCUGGUAACAACUGGGCCAAGGGUCACUACACCGAAGGUGCGGAACUUGUCGACUCCGUACUCGAUGUUGUAAGAAAAGAAGCCGAAUCCUGCGAUUGCUUGCAAGGAUUUCAACUGACACACUCGCUUGGUGGUGGAACCGGUUCCGGAAUGGGAACACUUUUAAUCUCAAAAAUUCGAGAGGAAUACCCCGACAGAAUCAUGAACACCUACUCUGUUGUACCAUCCCCUAAAGUAUCAGACACAGUUGUGGAACCAUACAAUGCCACCCUUUCCGUUCACCAACUUGUAGAAAACACUGAUGAAACCUACUGCAUUGACAACGAAGCAUUGUACGACAUCUGCUUCAGAACAUUGAAACUCUCCACCCCAACAUACGGCGAUCUCAACCACUUGGUAUCGCUCACAAUGUCCGGCGUCACAACCUGCCUUAGAUUCCCAGGUCAGCUGAACGCAGAUCUCCGUAAGCUCGCAGUAAACAUGGUUCCUUUCCCACGUCUUCACUUCUUCAUGCCCGGUUUUGCACCUCUCACAUCCCGCGGAAGCCAGCAAUACAGAGCCCUCACAGUACCUGAAUUAACGCAGCAAAUGUUCGACGCCAAGAACAUGAUGGCGGCUUGCGAUCCACGACACGGACGGUACCUCACAGUCGCCGCCAUCUUCAGAGGACGCAUGUCUAUGAAGGAAGUGGACGAGCAAAUGCUCAACAUUCAAAACAAAAACAGCAGCUACUUCGUCGAAUGGAUUCCCAACAAUGUCAAAACCGCCGUCUGCGAUAUCCCACCAAGAGGAUUGAAGAUGUCCGCAACGUUCAUUGGUAAUUCGACCGCCAUUCAGGAAUUAUUCAAACGCAUAUCAGAACAAUUCACUGCCAUGUUCAGAAGGAAAGCUUUCUUGCAUUGGUACACCGGCGAGGGUAUGGACGAAAUGGAAUUCACAGAGGCAGAAUCCAACAUGAACGAUUUAGUAUCCGAAUACCAGCAAUACCAAGAAGCCACCGCGGACGAGGAUGCAGAAUUUGAUGAAGAACAGGAGGCGGAAGUAGACGAAAAUUAAGUUUAAGAUUAAUGAUCUGAUGGCUUUUUCUAUUUAGUAUUAUUUUUGCAUGUUUUGUACAGUUUCCAACAUUCCCGUACGGAUCAGUCAUCGGUCGCAUAUAGGUUAACUUCAUUUUUUGCAUUUUUUAAAUUUAAACCUAUUGUAGACUGCCGUUUGUUAUGUUAUGUAAAAAAAAAACCUUUGUUGCAUAGUAGUUACGAAAGUUCACUCCAUUUGCCCUUAAAUUAUUUAUUAAUUUAUGAUCAAUUUUCCAAAAUUUUUGCAGGCUUCAAUUUACAGAAGAUAAUUUUGGUUUUGCUAACAUAUUACGCAAAUACAUUUUUUUACUAGA